AUGGUCAACUGCCGUCAGCACCUGAUAGAUCAUGUGGACCAAUAUAUGUUCAUCUACGAUGUGUUAUGUGAAGCCUUGUUGUGUAAUAUUGAACCCAUUCCAAUCUACAAACUCAAACAAAGAUCAAGCAUGUACAGGUCGAGGAAGGAUCGCGAGCUCAUGGAGUUGCAGGACAAUCAUGAAAACAAGGUACGAACAGCAUCGGUUUCAAAUAAUUUAAUCCUACUUUAGCUACUGCUCAUGUUAACGUCAUCUCUCCGUAUCGGAGAUUGUGCCGGAGGGCAUCGUUUGGAGAAUCGAGGAAAGAACCGGGAUGUGAUGGUGGUACCUCGUAAGUAUUCUGCCCAAAAAUAUUAUUCUUCUUUAGCUGAUCAUGCCCGUCCGUAUCUGCAAACCCUUCAUGGGGAAAGCAAAGAUUACACUUACAUUAAUGCAGUCGAGGUGGAUGGGUUUACCCGAAAAAGCGAGUUUAUUGUCACUGAGUGGCCGAAACAACAGACAAUUGACAGUUUCUGGACAUUGAUAUUCGACCACAGCUGUCAUACUGUAGUUAAUCUAACUAACCCCUCAAAUGACAAGGUACAACUUUUUAUAAUAUUUUACAAACCAUCCUUCAGAUCUAUCCUCAUUUCAUCCAUAAUAAAGGCAAAAAGAACUAUGGGCCUUUUACAGUAGAGAUUCUAAAUUAUCAGCAAUAUCCCGGGAUGACGUCACACAUGGUGAAGAUCAUGAAGAGGGUAAGUUGGAUGACGGGGGUAGCUUUUUAACUCAGUCAUCCAUAGUACAGGAUGGGCCACUCGCAGCUUCCUUUCUUUGGAUUUCUCCGCGGAGACUCUGUCGGUUUCGUAAAAUUUAGAUUUUUCAUAUUCAAUCGAUUGAAUUCGAAAAAAAAAUAUUUUGAAACGACGUUCUCAUAAUUUAAAAAAUUAUUUUCAAGCUGAAAGUUUUAAAAAACGAAAGGUUGGAAUGGAUUUUUUAAGUGGCUAGCCAAAAGCCUGUAUCGGGCAUCCAAAUUGUUAGAAUGGCUUCACAGGUAAUGGUAACAGAAGAAAACACCUUUGACGCCAUUCUAACGCUCUGGCUAGCCGACCCAGGUCUUUGGAUAGCCAUUUCAGAAUUCCAUGCCAUGGUGCCGGUUGAAAAGGGUAAAUUUCAGCUCCGGGAAAAUCUAAUAAGUUUUACGAAAAUCGGCGAGGUCUCGGCGGAGAAAUUGAAAGAAAAAGGAAUGAAGCCUCGAGCGGUCCACCUAGUAAACACUUAUAUCAAGUCUAUUUAUGCCAUCUUUUAUAUUGUCUUGUAUUGUUCCGUAUUUGGCAAUGUCGCUUUAUUGUGAAAAUAUGAAUUCUUUUUUCGAAUUUUGACGAGCAACAGCAACCUCCGCCUUCACAGCUGACGCCAUUUUGUUGUCUUCGAAAGAAACAGAUUGUUCGGAGACCCACCUUAAAAGAGUUUCUCAAGGAUGAAAGUAAAAACAACAAUGGCCUGCCAGCGGGCCAAACUUUCAGAAUGGAUCAGAGAUAUUGGGGCAAGAUCAGAUCGGCCAGUGAGACCCCCAAAGUGCACAGUAAAGAGAGUAUGAAGCUGAGCCAAGCCCUCAAAGAAGGCGGUCAACGGAUUGUCAGAUCUGCAAGUAAAUUGGCCAAAUGGGCCCAAGCCCCGAGAGGACAGCGAGCAUUCAGCCAGCCCAACAGUGACACUCUUGCUCAAUUCGAAAAGGUUCUUGUUAUGCGAUAGUUGAACAGUAGUUGACCUGUAAUCCCCGACUAAUCUUAUCCCAGAUUUCAUUCUUUUUGUUCAUUUCCGUUGAGAAGGCGAGUAAUCUUUCACAAAUUAUGUUAUCCUUUCUUUGAUUACUCGUUUCUUGACUUCAUUUUUCGCUUUUUGUUGUGUCCUGAUUUGGUAUCUUUUGUUGAGACAGCCUUUUAAUUAGUGGUGUGCCACAUGUGGUCGGCGUUGUAUUGUCGUACCGACCGCAGACUCGAGGUGAUCUGAUCGUAAAGACUACUCCCUUUUAGUUCCCAUCUUACUGUCCCUUCCACAUGUGGCAUAGGCCUAUCGAGUUUCUUCAAGUCUGAAGUUCAACUGCUCAUAAGUUCAGGAAUCUUUGCUCAUCUUCCAAAUUCAUCUUGCUUUUCUCUUCUGAUUCAUUCGGUCUACUGUAAUUUCAGCCCUCAGAACCAUUUAAAUCAGACCCGGAGAAACAAACUAGGGGCGAUGUCAGCAAGCUUGUAAGUGGGCUGGUCUUCUUUCUCGGCUACUAAUCCCGUAAUAUCAUUGUAAUGUCUCCCACCGUCCAUUCAUAGUCUAAGGAUCAUCUCAGUUUGAGUAGAGGGUGGUAAUACAAUGUCCGAUCCAUGUGUUAUGUCAUGUGUCUCAGGUCUUGUCAUCAAUCCGGUACUUCAGUUUAUUUUAUGUUCUUUAUGUUUACUUUAAUUUAUGUCCAUGAAUUGGUUGUCGCUUUAUGUUGUUUGUUACAGAGAGGUGGAGAUGAGGUCCGUCGAUUGCUGGCUUUGACCCGAAAAUACAAUGUCCAGCCCGACCGCGAAACCGAGCAUAUCCAGAAAUUGGUGUCGUAUCUUUUUUUCAUUCCCUCUUUUUCUGUCACCCCAAAUAACUAUCAUAACAUACUAACAGUUAUUUCCACUCACAUGUAUGUCCAGUAUUCCAUUACAAGGACUCACCCAUUCUUUUCAGACCUUUAUGAUCUCGGAGAUCAUGGCCACAGGUGCUACGCAACAACAAAUGGAAGCCGAGAUUCGGAUCUGUUGUGUGAUACAGGUGAAGAUGUGGCCGUUGGAGAACAAAGUCCCUCUUUCCACGACUUCCAUGAUCGAACUCAUCAAGAUGACCCGAGCUUGGCGAAAAAGAGCUCCAGACAGACCGGAGACCAAACCAACAGUCGUGAUGUCACAGUAAGUCCUCAAACAAUACUAUAAUCUUUGUAGUAAUGGAGUAAGUAGAUGUGGAAUAUUCAUUGCGGCCAAUGUUUGCAUCGACCAAAUGGACAUGGACAACGAAGUGGAUGUCUUCCAUGCCGUUAAAAUGAUCAGGAUAAACAGGCCUCAACUUAUAGAUAUGAAAGUAAGUUUAAACACGGAACAAGCCAUGGUUACAUCGACUUCAGGAUGAGUACAAAUACUUAUAUGACCUCAUGCUGCAUUGGUACAUGACCGAUCCCGACUACCGAGCGCGAGAACCUCAAGAAACGGAAGAAUUGGAGGAGGAGGAAGACCUCGAACAAUACACAGAUGCCUUGGAAGAUACUAAUCUGAGUCCAAGGCGUCGAUCGACCAGAAGAUCAUCAUCCCGAAGCCGGCCUCGACUUGAUACUUCCCAGCAAAAUAACAACAAAGACGUGAAUAAUGAAAACCGAAGAUCUCGUUCGGUGAUCCGCCGAGAUCCCGUGUAUCUCAAUGAUUAG